UUCACCAGCUUCCCUGCAUUCUCAGCCAGGUGCAGCGCUAGGCUGGGCAGCUCCGGGGAAACCACUGGAGUGGGGGGAGCCACCGCCGGAGACGCAGGAGGACAGAGGGGAACCGGAGAAGGCGAAGGUGGAGAGGGGGAUAAGGAGGAGCUUCUUGCCCUGGCCAGAAAAUUACCUGGCCACUUAUUUCCGGAGACUCUGAGACUUGGGCCCUAGCCUGUGUUGCUCGCAGUCCCCUCCCCUCCCCUCAUAUCUCCUCCCCCCGCCCUUCCUGUCCCCCCUCGCCGCCCAGGGUUUGCCUGGGUGCUGGGACUGGCAUGAUCAGCUGAACUUUGCGGUGUCAGCUCUUCUCUCUGGCUUCCCCUCAGCGGGUCCGAGGCGAGGGGAACUCACAGCUCCAGCUCGGGACGGACAGACAGAGACGGCCAACCGCGCCCAGGCUUGCCUGCAGAACCCCUGCACGCCCCACCCCCCCCACCCGCCUCGCCACCCGGACCAUGUCCAAACCUUCAGACCACAUCAAGCGGCCCAUGAACGCCUUCAUGGUAUGGUCCCGGGGCCAGCGGCGCAAGAUGGCCCAGGAAAAUCCCAAGAUGCACAACUCGGAGAUCAGCAAGCGCUUAGGUGCGGAAUGGAAGCUUCUGUCCGAGGCAGAGAAGCGGCCAUACAUCGACGAAGCCAAGAGGCUACGCGCCCAGCACAUGAAGGAGCACCCUGACUACAAGUACCGGCCCCGGCGCAAGCCCAAGAACCUGCUCAAGAAGGACAGGUAUGUCUUUCCCCUGCCCUACCUGGGCGACACGGACCCGCUCAAGGCGGCCGGCCUGCCUGUGGGGGCCUCCGACGGCCUCCUGAGCGCGCCUGAGAAAGCUCGGGCCUUCUUGCCGCCGGCCUCAGCGCCCUACUCCCUGCUGGACCCCGCGCAGUUUAGCUCGAGUGCCAUCCAGAAGAUGGGUGAAGUGCCCCACACGUUGGCCACCAGCGCGCUGCCCUACGCGUCCACCCUGGGCUACCAGAACGGCGCCUUCGGCAGCCUCAGCUGCCCCAGCCAGCAUACGCACACGCACCCGUCCCCCACCAACCCGGGCUACGUGGUGCCCUGUAACUGUACCGCCUGGUCUGCCUCCACCCUGCAGCCCCCCGUCGCCUACAUCCUCUUCCCAGGCAUGACCAAGACUGGCAUAGACCCUUACUCGUCAGCCCACGCCACUGCCAUGUAACCCCCAGCCUGGCCUGGACCUGAGGGGUGGCCUGGAAUUGGGGUAUGCACCCUGUCCUCUGCGCCUAGCCCUGUCCUGCAGAAGCCUCUGGGCCAGCCCUGCUGCUGUCCCUUACACCACCCCAGACUUCUCCUCUCCCUUUCCGGGGGGGAAUGGGAGGAGCCGUUCUCCCCAACCCGAGGCGCAGACAGGUGCCAGAAACUUGUAAACGUUAUGACAGCUACAUAGCUGCCCCUAUCCGAUUCUCCCAAAACCAAUCUGCAACUGUACCCCUUUUGGACAAAAAAGUAGGCAGUUUUGCUUUACUUAUGUCCCCUUCACUCUCCUCGGAUAGGUUUUGGACUCCAAACUCCCAUAUCCUGAUACUACAUAUAUGCAUAUAUAUUUUUCUUUUGGCCCCUGAAAAAAAGAGCUGUGUCUCUAUGUUUGGCCAUCAGACACAACUAGGCGCUAUUUGCUCUUCAUGUGUUGGGGGUGGGGGAGGCUUCAAAGUUUUAAACUACAGAAAGGGAAACAUUUCUAUUUAAAACCAUGCUAUGAUAGUAUUUGCUUCUUUAAAGGGAAAACAAAAAGGACCCACAUGGUUAUUUACUUUGUGUAAAGCAGUGCUCCUAGAGACCUAAGUUUACUUUUAGACAGACUGUCAGGUUAUUAAGUCAGGAAGUAGAAAGUAAACAAAGAAUUAAAAGAAUAAAAACAUCCUAAAUGGUCAUAAAUGUUUUGACGAUGUCUUGAAAAUGUACCUAGAAGGAUUUUACCUCCUUACUCUAUUCAUUUGUUGAACAAAGACAUUUUGAAUAAAGACAAUCUGUCAUUG